AUGCCACACGAUCCACCAAAAGUCUACCCAGACAUUUACCCUUUCAUAUCACCAAAGAAUUUCAAAGAUGCACACAAAGGAAAGCUUGCACUCAUCACCGGAGCGGGGGGAGACAUUGCACAGCAGAUCUCCAAACAUUUUGCCAUGGCCGGCGCCACUCUCGCGGUGACGGAUAUUACGCUCGACAAGCUGGAAUCAACGGUGGCACUAUGCCGAGAACAUGGAGCGAAAGUGGUUCCGUUUGCGUGCAACAUAAGCAAUGAAACUGAGGUGCAAGGACUGAUCAAGGAUGUAAAGGAACAGCUCGGAGAUAUUGAUAUCCUCAUCAAUGCCGCCGGGGUCUGUACUUCUAGACCCAUUCUCCUCGACUCGUUCGCUUCCAUCUGGCGAGAGAUAGAGAUCAAUCUCGGAGGAGUGCUUCUGACGAUGCUUAACGUCCUUCCCAGCAUGAAAGCUCGCGGCAAUGGCUGCAUCAUCAAUCUUGCGUCGCGUGCUGGGACUGUGUCUGUGCCAUAUCUUGCUGGCUACUCGAUUUCCAAGGCCAGUGUAAUCAAAGCAACCGAGAAUAUCCAGAAAGAUCUCGACGCGGACGGUCUUGGGGACAAGAUCCAGCUAUACUGCUGUCACCCAGGUGCUGUUUUGACCAGGUUGUCCAAUCGUCCCAUGGAUCCAGUGAUUGCGGGGGCGUAUCCGCAUCUGGCAACAAACCGACCAAAGCGGCUCAAAAGCUACCGAACGGCUGUAAAUUUGUGCGCGGCAGUUUGUGUUUUUGUAGCGACAGUGGCCAAGUCAUCGAACGACAGCAACACAGCCAGCCAAGAUCAGAUCCCUGUCGAUCAGCCGGGAGAGACACAAGAGACACGAGAAUCCCACGACGCCGAUCCUCUUGACUCACGCCUUGCUUCAGUAGAGUCCACAGCCAGCUCGCAUCGUGGAGACAUUCAACAGCUUGCGGCUGCUAGCAGAACGCUCGCUCAGAGUGAGAAUCAACCCGGUGGGAAUAUGGACGACAUCAACCUUCCAGAGGGACUCCCCGCCUCUGAUGAGCCUGGAAAUAUGGCAACGGGAAAUUUCUCACAUUCUAUCGAUCCUUUCUUCGGCGAUAGACGUGACUUGUGGCUUUCCGAUAACACUGCCGACGAAUAUUUUCACGUUUCUGAGCUUGAUCUCAAUAUGGCUUUAAGCUCGCCCUUCCAAUUUCUAGAAGCACAUCAUCCAAUCCCGCCUCCUCGAACUGUACAACCGUCACCGGGCCCAAAGGCAAUGCCGGACGCUGCCACGGCGGCGAGAUUGGACGUAGGUGACGCUGCCUCUACCUUUUCGUCCCAGAGCGGAAUGGAGAGUAUGCUUUCUCCGCCGGCGAGCAUGGAGAUGGAUAUCAACGAAUUCAUGGCUAGCGUGCACUCCUUUGCAGCCUUGACAACAGACGUAAAUGAUUUUGUACCGCCGUCAAGACACAGAGUCAGUGGUUAUCUUACGGCGUACGUCCGCUAUUUCGACCCCCACACUCCUUUAAUCCAUUUUGCAACUUUUCGACCCGCAAGGACUUCUCCUCCAUUAACGCUUAGUAUCCUAUCCAUCGGCGCCUUGUACGCGGGCGAACAAGAAACUGCCAUGUCUCUGUACAACGUUAGCAGUCAGCUGCUAAAUGCGCACGAAAAUAACAUUGCCCCCACCGAUCUCGACGACUGCGAUACUGUCGAACUUGUAUGGAGAUUGCAGACUCAUGUGCUAUUGGCUCAAUUUGCCGUCUGCCAUGGCACAAAUGUACUCCAUCAGGCCGGUCUUAGCCACCUUUUGAAGGCAGAGUUAAUGUUCCGAUCUGGAAUGCGUAGGAACAUAAAGCAUCAUUCCUGGGAUGAGUGGAUCCAGGUUGAGUCAUAUCGAAGGGCGAGCUUGUGGGUUUUGGUGCUCUGUGCAACUUUCCUCGCAGAUGGCCAAGCCACUCCAAUCCCUCUUCCGAACUUGGAAGAGUUCCACCUGAUUCUCCCAAGUCCCCAGGAUGUCUGGGUCGCAAAAUCUGAAGAGUCUUGGGACACCAAUUUCAAAAAAGCCCAGGAGGCUCCUCUCGCCCAGUUGGAAUUUUACCCAGCCCUUUCUAUGCUUCUCCAGGGUACGCAGAUCACUGCUCCUGUGAGCCCAUUUGGCCUGCUGUUGCUAAUCAGCGGUCUUGUGAUCCACGUUGUCACCCUGGAGCGCACCACCACCAUGCGCUUGCCUGAUCUUGAUGCAGAUGUCGAUCAAGCACCGUGGGUCGAAAAUAUGGAAAAGUCCCUUCAGGCAUGCGAGAGAACAUGGAAAAGUCACCCAAAGAGUGCUACAAAUCCGCUCUACUUCAACGAAGAUCCGCUUAUGUCCGACUGCAUUCCAUUGCUGAUGAUAGCCUAUUACCACACUUAUGCUUUUCGAAGGCUCAAGCUUCUCAAGGCAAGUCUUUGCGAGACAUUGGGGAACCAGUUGCCUUUCAUGCAAGCCCAACUAUCAUCAACUCAACGACAAUUCAUAAAUCCGUCGCCCCCAGUGGCAGAUCUCUCAUCAGACAAAGCUCUUCAUGAUAUGUUGAUGCCACGAACGGAGACGCAGUGGAGCACUCUUUGCCGUGCUGCCAAAUUUGCUGCUGCGCACCUGUUGCUUAGGGCCAAAGCGGGUUUCAAGCAUAUUGCCCGUGUAGGCCCUCUGGAGAUGGGCUUCCACUACGUGGUUGCUGGUUUUGAAGGAGCUAUCUUACUUGCGUUCUGGAUGUCCGCAGCCAUCAAGCAGCAACGAUCUGAUCCAGAUACACUAUUUUUACGGUCGGCUGUUCGUGAGAUCAUGGAGGAGAUGGACGAUCCGACCUAUCAAAGGGCGGACUUCGCGGCUGCGCCGCUUGGCGCACUGCGCUCAAUGAUGGAGAGUGGAUGGGUUUGGGGCUUACAAGAGCUGAGCAGCUGCAUAAGAUGGAAAUUAGACUCCAGCAAUCUCCAAGCCGGCGGAACGACAGGUCAGAAGAGUUGGGUUGAUCGAGAACAGGAGUAA